AUGUCUUUCCCGUAUAACAUAGAGUUUGUUGAGGACAAACUUAACGAAAAGUUAUUAAAGGAUUUCCAUGGUGAACGCACUGGAUUCGUUCAGGUUGGUGAGAAACGGUGGUUUUUCCCGUCCCGUUUCAAGCAAUACGCCGAGUGUUUGUACUCGUUCGAGGCACGACCGGACGAUAUAUGGGUCGCCACAUUUCCACGCUCAGGCACGACGUGGACGCAGGAGAUGGUGUGGUUGAUUUGUAACGGGCUUAAUUUUGCCGCCGCCGAAAGCGUUCCACUGACACAGAGGUUUCCCUUUUUGGAAUUCAACCUGUUUGUGCACGAUGAGCUGAAGGCUUGCUUUUUAAAGGAAAAUGAAGACGACGAAGAGAAGGCGCGAUUUAUCGAGCAAAUUUCUCAACCCGCCACUGCAAUGCUCUCCGAAAUGCAAUCUACGCGCUUCAUAAAAACACACCUUCCUAUUUCGUUGCUGCCACCAAGCGUAUUCCAACAGAAUGCCAAGCUCAUCUAUGUGGCGCGCAAUCCCUCGGACGUGGCAGUGUCCUAUUAUCAUUUGAACCGGUUGUACCGCACCCAAGGCUACGUGGGGAAUUUUGAAACAUUUUAUGAUUAUUUUGAAAAGGAUCUGACUCCUUGGUCGCCGUACUGGAGUCACAUUAAGGAGGGCUGGGCAGUGAAGGAUCGACCCAAUGUACUCUUCAUGUACUAUGAGGACAUGAAACGCAACCUGCCCGACACGAUCCGUAAAACGGCCACAUUCCUGGGAAAAACGUUAACGGACGAGCAAAUCGAAACCAUGUGCACGCACUUGGAUAUACGAAACUUUCGAAAUAACAAAUCGGUCACGUGCGAGGAGCUAAAGAACGUGGGCAUUUUGAACAGUGGUGAACAAGGAUUCGUACGCAAUGGCCAAGUCCGAGGCAACGCAGAGGAAAUGACCGAGCAGAUCAAACAACGGCUAAGCGAGUGGACGGAACGUAAUUUAAGGGAUACCGAAAUUAAAUUCCCCGAAUGCUGA